AUGACGCCCAAUAGCACGCGAGAUGCGCCAUCCUUGCCCGAGCGUGUGGAGAUCGCGGGACGCGAGAUCGACCCCGAGGACGACUACGACUACGGGUACGAGGACGAGGGCGGCGCGCCUCCCGUGCCCACCAAGAAGGUGCCCACCGGCACCGUCUACGAGGCGGCGCGCGCCGGGGACGUGGAUCGGCUGACGUGGCUGGUGCACGAGGAGGGCGUGGACGUGAACGCGCGCGACCGAUGGGACUCCGUGCCGCUCUAUUAUGCUUGCCUCGCUGGCCAUCUGGAGGCGGCGCGCGUGCUGCUGGAGGCGGGCGCGAUCUGCAGCGAGCACACGUUCGACGGGGACAGGUGCCACUACGCCGCGCUCACGCUCCGCAUCCGCCGCCUGCUCAAGCGCUACGAGAUGCGCCCGCCGCCCCUCGACCCGCUGCCCAAGGCCUUCAAAGACCUCCUGGACGCCACCGCCGCCAAAGCCGAUGCCCUCUCCCCUUCCGCCAGCGCCCCUCCCGGCCCCCCGUGCGUCCCCGCGGCACUGCUAGAUCCGCGCGACCCGCUGGCGCCCGACAUCGCGUUCCACAUCGACGGGCGCGUCGUGCUCGCGCACAAGCCCGUGCUCGCCGCGCGCUCCGACUACUUCGACCGCGCCUUCGCCUCCAAGUGGCGCGACAGGUCCGAGGUGUUCCUCGCCAACCCGCGGCUGACACAUGGCGCGCUGGCGGCGCUGCUGGGGUUCGUGUACUCGGACCGCCUGGACGUGCCCGUGGCGGGGCUGCCCGACCUGGUACGCGCAUGCCGCGCCGCCAAGUGCGGGGCGGGGCUGGUGAGGGCUGUGGAUCGGGAGCGCGUGCACGACAAGCUGGCACAGCACAAGGUGCCGCCAAGGCGCGCACUGGGGCUGAGGCGACGAGGCAGGGCGGCGAGGGGCAGGGGAGCGGGCGAGGGAGAGCUUGUGAACGGGGAGGUGGCAGCAGAUGCCGGAGAGGGGAGAGGGGAUGCGGAUGGUGGGGCGGGCGAGGGCGAGGGGACGGGCGAGGGAGAGGAAGAGGACGGGAGCAGCGAGCGAGGGCGAGAGAGGGCGGGGGAGGAGGAGGAUGAGGCACAGCGACGGUUUAUUCUGACGGCGGCAUCGCUGCCCGAGGAGGAGAGACUGGCGGGCGGCAUGCAGCGGCUGCUAGCGCGGUGCAUGGCGAGGUCUGACACGAGGGCCAUGGACGCUGAUGGGGAGGGCGCGGAGGGGUAUGGGGAGCCUGGGGGGGAAUGUGCGGAUGGGGAGGGCGGAGAGGUGGGUGGUGGGGGACUGGUGGGCGGGGAUGGAGCGGAAGGUGAGGCGAGAAGGAAGGUGCGGUUUGGCACAGCUGAGUCGAGCGGUGAUGAGGACCGCGAGUGGGCAAGGGGAGAGGACGGGGAGUGGAGGGGAGAGGGUGCGGAUGGCGGGGCAGGCGUGGGGGUGCAUGGGUGUGGCAGUGCCUCUGAGCCCGAUCACGCAGACUGCUGCUUCUCCGUGGCGGGCUGUGUGUUCCGCUGCCACCGCGUGGUCAUGGCGGCAUGCUGUGACUACUUCAGAGUGCUCUUCGUGCGCCAGGCAGUGCACGCACACACGCCACCGCACUCCUCAUCCGCAGCAGAGGGACAGAGGGGUGGGACGGCAGCAGUGCUGCUGGGAGAUGGCGGGGCUGUGCUGCCGUGUUUCCACCUGCCUGACCUCACCCCCUACGCCUUUCACAAGAUCCUCGAGUUCAUCUACACGGAUCGCAUCCAGCACAUUGCUGUCACCCAGGCCAUGGACGUGAUAGAUGCAGCGGCGCGCUUCCUGCUCUUCCCACUCAAGCGUGCCGUGGCGGACGCCCUCAUCCCACACCUGCACUCCGCCGACAUGCCCUCGCUCUGCCACUGGCUGCUCGCUGCUGACCUGUACGGAGUGUGGAAGCUGAGGGAGCACGUGCUGGACGUCAUGGCCGCCAACUUUGACGCCUUUGCCGCCUGCCCUGCCUUCCGUGCCAUGCUCGCACGCUUGCCUCCUCCCUCGGGCAAUGACUCGGUGCGCACCACUGCACCCUCGCUGCACAACGAGCAAGUGCCCACGCCCGUGGGGCAAGCAGCAGGGGGUGCAGGGGGCGAUGGAGUGGGCGGGGUGGAGAGCAUGAAUGUGCUGGACGAUUUGCGGGAGAAGUGGCUGGAGCUGGAGGGAGCCGAGUUAGAGGAGAGGGACGCCAGUGCUGCUGAAUUUGACAAGCGCCUAGAGACGCUUGCAGCCUUGGCAGUUGGUGAGGAAGAGGAGAUUUAG